CGGGCGCGCGGCGGCCUCGAACUCUCCGGGCUCCGGCACUGGGAGGUGCUGCUGCGCCCGCAGCUUACAAAGGCGGCGGACAGCGCCCGCGCCCUGUGACUCGCCGCCGCCCUCUCCUGCUGCAGGCUGCAGCCAGACGCCUCCUCGCAGGAGAACUACAGUAAAGAAACACAGGAAAAGUUGUCUUAACACAAGUUCACUUUUGAACAAGCUGGUACAAUGGAUAUGAACACUCUUUUCUCCUGUGGUGAGUUUUUGAUAAAUGGACACUGACAUGGACUACGAAAGACCCAACGUUGAAACCAUAAAAUGUGUGGUGGUUGGUGAUAAUGCAGUGGGGAAGACUCGCUUAAUUUGUGCAAGGGCAUGCAAUACCACUUUGACACAGUAUCAGCUGCUGGCAACUCACGUACCGACCGUCUGGGCAAUUGAUCAGUACCGUGUCUGCCAAGAGGUACUUGAACGCUCCCGGGAUGUUGUUGAUGAAGUGAGCGUUUCUCUCAGACUCUGGGAUACUUUUGGCGACCAUCACAAAGACAGACGUUUUGCUUAUGGAAGGUCUGAUGUAGUUGUUCUGUGUUUUUCAAUUGCUAAUCCUAAUUCCUUGAAUCAUGUGAAAACAAUGUGGUAUCAAGAAAUCAAGCACUUCUGUCCUCGCACACCUGUUAUUUUGGUUGGCUGCCAACUGGAUCUUCGUUACGCUGAUCUUGAAGCUGUUAAUCGAGCGAGACGGCCUUUAGCAAGGCCUAUAAAAAGGGGAGAUAUUUUACCACCAGAAAGAGGCAGAGAGGUUGCCAAGGAGCUUGGAAUACCAUAUUAUGAAACUAGUGUAUUUGACCAGUUUGGAAUUAAGGAUGUUUUUGAUAAUGCAAUCAGAGCUGCACUGAUAUCCAGGAGACACCUGCAGUUCUGGAAAUCACAUUUAAAGAAGGUCCAAAAACCUUUACUUCAGGCUCCAUUCCUACCUCCAAAGGCACCUCCUCCAGUUAUUAAAAUCCCAGAGUGUCCUGUAACCAGUAUGAAUGAGGCUGGAUAUUUGUUAGACAAUCCAUUGUGUGCAGAUGUUAUGUUUGUUCUUCAGGAGCAGAAUCACAUUUUUGCUCACAAGAUUUACCUAGCUACCUCCUCUUCUAAGUUUUAUGACCUUUUUUUAAUGGAAUGUGAAGAAUCUCCAGACUUCAGUGAAAUACAGUGUAGUACAGAUAAGACCAGUAGGGACUUCCUGUCUAGAACAAGUCAUCUUGAAACAGAUGAUGACAGUGAUGAAGCAAAUUUAAAAACUUUUGAUGCCAAACUUCCAACACCAGAAACAGAUGGGACUUUAAAGAUGCUAGAACUUGAAACUGAAGAAACUAGUUCUACAAGGAGAGCUUUGUCCUCCUUGGGUAAAGGGUUUGUUAGUAUGCAUAAGGAAAUACAAAUCAACCCUGUAUCUAAUAGGAAAUGUCCUGUAACUGUGGUCAAGAUGGAUUCCUCUGUUCAGCCUGGGCCUUUUAAAACUGUUUUACAAUUUCUGUAUGCUGGGCAACUGGAUGAAAGUGAAAAAGAUCUGACAAGAUUAGCACAGAUUGCUGAAAUCUUGGAAGUAUUUGACUUGCGGAUGAUGGUGGAAAAUAUUAUGAAUAAAGAAGCCUUUAUGAAUCAAGAGAUUACUAAAGCCUUUCAUGUCAGGAAAGCUAACCGGAUAAAAGAGUGUCUUUGCAAAGGUACAUUUUCUGAUGUUACAUUUAAGUUGGAUGAUGGAAGCAUAAAUGCCCACAAGCCACUGCUGAUUUGCAGCUGUGAAUGGAUGUCUGCUAUGUUCGGAGGAUCAUUUGUUGAAAGUUCAAACAGUGAGGUUGUUCUUCCCAACAUAAACAAGACUUCUAUGCAGGCAGUUCUGGAUUAUUUGUAUACCAAGCAAUUAUCAUCGAGUCAGGAGUUGGACAUGCUUGAAUUAAUUGCACUGGCAAACAGAUUUUGCCUCCCACACUUGGUUGCACUGGCAGAGCAGCAUGCUGUGCAGGAGCUGACUAAAGCCUCAGGGAAUGGCAUUGGCAUAGAUGGUGAAGUACUCUCCUAUUUGGAAUUGGCCCAGUUUCACAAUGCUAAUCAGCUGGCAGCGUGGUGCUUGCACUACAUCUGCACCAAUUACAACAGUGUUUGCUCCAAAUUCCGCAAAGAAAUAAAAGCAAAAUCUCCAGAUAAUCAAGAAUAUUUUGAGAGACUUCGCUGGCCUCCUGUAUGGUACUUAAAGGAAGAAGAUCACUACCAGCGUGUUAAAAAGGAGAGAGAAAAGGAAGAUAUUGCACUGAAUAAACAUCAUUCAAAACGGAAGUGGUGCUUCUGGAAUUCCUCUGCUGUAGUUGCCUGAGCAAAGCAAAUACAUGUAAACACUACAAUGGUGUAAUUAUAACACUGCUCUAAAAUUAGUCUUAUUGUUAGAAAUAAGAUGUAGUUCAGGUUCCCGGCACUGAUUUUAUUCCAUGUUUUGCAUUUAUCAUUGUUAGGGUCAAAAGCACAAGCUCAGCUAUAGUGAGCCUGGAAUAGUUCCUUAAACUGAUAUGUAUAUUUUUUGUUAGUAAGCAAAAUAAGCAUCUACCAUUAUUACAUUUCUUUUUAUACAAAAACAAAUCCAGCAUUAAUGUUUCAAACUCUACAUUGGGAAAUAUUUUUAUACUGUCUUGUGUAUUUUGUUUAAAUAAAAAUUCAGGGGUAUAACUUUAUUUUACAGACCACAAAAUAACCACAUAGUAGCUUUGUAAUUAGAUUUUAACUAUUUUUCUUAUGUGAGUACAGCGAAAUAUAAACUAACAUCCCCUCUUAAUAGAUAACAUUCUGUCUUAAGUGACCAAUUUAAAAGUACCCAGUGAAAAUUAUCAUCUUAGUUAAAAACGAGCUUCUACUAGGCGACCAGUUUUUGUCCCUAUGUUCUAUGCACUCAUAACAUAAUUAGAUGGUUAUUUCUUCUUUCUAAAGUAAAGGGUUAUAAGAAGAUCAAAUAACUGCAAGUUAUAGAGCAUUUAAUCUUUCUUCAAUUGAAUAAUAGGCAGUAUGAUUACCUGUUCAACUGCAGGAACAUGUAUUUCUAAUAUUUGCCAUGUAAGUGCAUAGAAUUAUGGUUAUAUGGGCCAUGUGAAAUCUAGUGAUUCUAAGUAUUCAGAGGUUUUAAAGGUCUAGAUUGAAGAGGAUAAUUUUAAAAUCAUUAGAAGGGCUUAUUAAUUUAUAUCUUUAUCCAGGGCAAACUCAAUAUGGAUCUGAAUACAAAAAGCAGAUAUGCUGGUAGUCUUGGAAUUACUGUAUUAUAGUUGGUUCAGGGGCGGCUCCAGGCCCCAGGACGCCAAGCGCGUGCUUGGGGCAGCAUGCUGCGGGGGCGUUCUGCCGGUCGCCGGGAGGGCGGCAGGCAGGCAGCUUUUGGCGGCAUGCCUGCGGAGGGUCUGCUGGUCCACCGGAGCCACGGGACUGGCGACUGGCAGAGCGCCCCCCGUGGCAUGCCGCCGUGCUUGGGGCGGCGAAAUGUCUAGAAAUGUUGGUUACUCUUUGAGAGCCUAAUUCUGCAGUCAUUCCUCUUUCAAAACUCCUUUUUGCUUCUACAGGAGUUAUGCAAAUGAAAGGCUGCACAAACAAGUAGAUACAUUCCUCUAUUGUUGAUGUAGCAUCGUGCAAAUGAAGAAUGAUAUUUUAAAUUAGAUUACAUUCCUUCUGGAAGCAGAUAUUCGAAGAAAACACAAAGCUGGAGUCUCAGUGUAUAAAAAUCCCCGCAUUGCUAAAUGGUAGGAGGGGGAAAGAACAUCCAGUGUUUUGAAAUUUCCUUUGGGUUUAUGAUUUUCUAAUGACUGUCACUCUGAACUUACACUGUUGCAUUAGAAAAAUAUCAGGCUGGGGGUGCUUUGAAAAGACCAAACUAAAACACUUCUAAAAUUAUACUGUAGAGCAUAUGCAGGCCUAUGAAGUGUCUCAGGCACAGUUCUGUAAUUGAGGUAGUAUUAUGUUAUCAGUUUUGUUAAUGCUGUUUUCUGCAGGCAGCUCAGCAUACUAAUGUGAAAAGCUUUUGAUUUUUAUUUUUCCUGUAUUCAUAGACAAGGCAGUAAGUUCAAACCCCAGUGCUGAGAGUCAGGAAAGGUUUCAGACUGAAAGCCAUACAUACUUUCAAAUACUCAGCUUCAAGUCAGAGCCUGUUCUUGGGAGAUGCCACCCUAGGGUGGUAGAAGCUGCUUAGCGUGGGUGCUGAAGAGACUCCUGUAAAGAAAACAGGUAACAGACUCCAUCACCUACAAGAUUUAUCACUGUACCGUGAUAAGGAAGGGCUAUAGAGAAAGGAUGGCUGCAAGCUUAUCCGCAUUAAUUCCUGGCCAGUAGUAUUGUAAAUUGUGGAGGGAUGAAAAAAUGAAAGAAUAAAUAUCAAGACUAGGAUGGAAUUAACAUCUGUUCAGUCAUAAAAUGUUAACAGAUCAUGUUUAAUAAGUAUUGCUACUAGGUUUUACAUAACCAAAGCUACUGUAUGAUUGUAAUUUUGCCAAACUGUAAUGGAUAGAUAAAUAAACCUGGGGGUAUAUGCAAUAAUAUCCAGUUGUAUUAGUUAUCAGCUACUAUAACCAAGUGGCUGGUUCAUUUGGUUAAUGCUGUCUAUGGCCUUUAAUCUUGGUGGUUAUUUGUGUUUUUUAUUUUGAAAAAAAAGUCAAUAAAACUGUUUAGUUAUAAAA